AUGGCAGGCACAACAUUCAAGAAGCGCUCAUUCAGCGGCGACGGCCCGAAAGGCGGUAAGGGCGGGGCUCGGCCGACAAAGAAGCAGAGGCAGGCAGCAGCGUACCACAGCAGCAGUUCCGAGGGUGAAGACGGCGACGAUAACGACAGCGACGACAACGAGGACGGCGGGCCAAUCCCAGACAAUCUAUUCGACUCGGACGAUGCAGACCUCGACAACAUUGAGGUGGACGACGGCGGCUCCUCUGGGGAGGAUUCCGAGGGUAGCGAUGCCGAGAACCAGUCGGACAGCAAAUCGCCGCGGAUAAAAAGGGCGGCAGCGAAACACACAAAACCAAAGCAGCCCAAAUUCGUCGCCAAAGACGCCCCAGACUCGGGCGGCGACUCGUCGGGCGACGAUGACGGCUCCGACGACGGGGAGGGCUCCGUCUUCGGGUCCGACACCAGCCGGUCGUCUAAGCCCAACUCCAAGUCGAAGCGCAACAACCCCGAGGCGUUCGCGACGUCUAUCAGCAAGAUGCUGUCGAGCAAGCUGCCGGUAUCGCGGCGGGCGGACCCGAUCGUGGCGCGCAGCGCCGAGUCGGCGGUCGCGGCGCGGCAGCUGGUCGACUCUGCGCUCGAGACCAAGGCGCGCAAGCGGCUGCGCGAGCAGAAGCGCCUGGCCAUGGAGAAGGGUCGCGUGCGCAACGUGCUGAUCGCGAGCACGACGCGCACGCUCAACUUUACCACGGGCGAGGUCGAGGAUGUGGUCGAGGAGGGCGCCGACACCACGGCCGAGAUCAUGGCGACGGAGCGCCGGCUCCGCAAGGUCGCCCAGCGCGGUGUGGUCAAGUUGUUCAACGCCGUGCGCGCGGCCCAGGUCAAGGCGGCCGACGCGCAGCGCGUAAUAAGAGGCGAGGGUAUUGUGGGCGUGAAGCGGAAAGAGGAGAAGAUCACCGAGAUGAGCAAAAAGGGCUUCCUGGACUUGAUUGCCAGCGGAGGCGGGGGUCUCAAGAAGGGAGGACUAGAGGAAGCAUGA